CAUAUCACCGUUUUCGCUGCCCAGCAGCAUUAUGGUAUCAUAGGUAAAAGGUUUGAAAGGCGGGUGGCAAUUGUGGAGCGCACAAACGGGCGUUCGAAGGCCAGCUCGUGCAAGGAGCUCGUUUCGCAGGCAUGACCACAGCGUCAGAGGACGCGGCCGGUCCCUGGAGCCCCACCCUCCGGCCUCGGACGGCCAAGCCCGCUGCGCGGCCAGGAACAGCCUCGCUGUCCCUGCCCCCGGACCCGUCCUUAGACGCCCGGGCCUUCCCACCACCUCGCCGCAGCCCGUCCGGCGCCAGCCUCUCCCAUGUGGGGCCCUCGUCGCCCUACGCCCCCUCCAGCAAGCGGGUCAGCGGCGGCGCAAGCAGCACGCCAGCCAGCCCGGACGUGGGCUCUGGGCAUGCAGCAACAGCGGGCAGCCGGGGCUCUGCGCCCAACAGCGGCGCGCUGCAGCAGCCCGCCUACCGGCGACUGGCCCCCAACAGCAUCACCCUGCAAGCACGCAACCUCCUGGCCAGCACCGCUCCCUCGUCACCCAUGGCAGGGCCGGCAGGGACAUCGGCUGCCGCCUCGCCCAGCCAUGGCGGCAGCCGCAGUCGGGUGGGCUCGGCGCACGCAUCCGUGCCCAGUAGCCCUAUCACCCGGGGGAGGGCGUCUCCCGGUGGCGGGGCCACGCCGUCCACACCCGUGUCUCGUGGGCUGCUGGGCGCCGCCGCACUGGCGCCGCCCACGCCCCAGUCGCGGUCGGGGCACAACGGCCACCACGGCCAGGCGCAGGGUGACGUGCCCGACGUGUUCACAGUGCAGAUGGCCGCGGUCACGGAGCACCUGGCCCGGACGCAGGGCCAGACAUACGGCGACCGGCGCGCCAGCUCAAGCCUAGGGCACUACGUCCAGUCACAGUCGGGCGUAAUGGCAGGAGGUGGGGGCCCAGCAGCAGCAGGCGGAGUGAGGGCCAGUACCACGGGUGGUGGCGGGGCAUUCCGCCAGGCGCGGCCGUCGGACCAGCUCGGGCACGGGCACGGCCCUCACCACCAGGCACACGUGCAUGGCAGCUCCUCCCACAACCACGGCCCCGUGCACACCUUCACCCCCGGCCCUGGCCCCGCCGGCCCCGGCUCCAGUACGGGCAUGCACCCGGCAUCCUCCGCCGCCGCGCCAUCCGUAGCCGCUUCCGUCGCAACGAUGCAGCAGCGGCUGCAGGGCAAGUUCGGCGAGGAGGCGGCGGCGUUCAUGCUUCACGACCUGCACCAGGUGCCGCAUCACCUGCACGUGCUGUUCUACACCAUCAUCCACCAGCUGCGGGAGCUGCCCUCGCCGCUGCCGUCCACGCUGGGGCAGGCCUACCACGCGGUCUUCAGCCAGCACUACGCGCGCACAGUGACCAGCGUGGAGAAGCGGCACGCCGAGUACAAAGCCAAGAUGGCGACCGCGCAGGCGCAGGCGCAGGCGCAGCUGGCGGCGCUGCAGCAGAAGGUGGCGGCGCUGACGCCCAGCGGCAUGCGGCAGACGCCGCUGCAGCAGCAGGCGCAGGCGCAGCUGCUGCAGCAGCAGAAGCAGCUGCAGGCCGCGGCGGCGGCGCGGCAGGCGGAGGCGGACGCGCUGGGGGCGCAGGUGUCCAAGUCGCGCGAGCUGCACGCCAAGGUGAUGCGGCUGCUGUGCGUGCUGGUGGCUGCGCAGGAGCCGCUCACGCGGCAGCAGCUGGCGGGGAUGGGCUUGGAGGUGGUGCUGCCGCACCUGCCGGCGUGGGAGGUGCUGUUCCGGAUGGAGCCGCCGGCAGGGCACGCAGCCGUCUCGGCCAUGCAUAGCCUGCACGGGCACGCGCACGCGCACUUUGGCAGCGGCAGCCGCCGCAUGAGCAUCAACGAUCGCAGCAGCUUCAGCGGCAACAGCCCCGCGGCGGCGGCGGCGGCGGCGUACGCCAGUGCCAGCCAGCUGCCGGCAGCUACCCUGGCGGUGGUGGACCCCUCCCUGGAGGACUGGCUGGUGGAUGCAAAGGAGGCGGGGCCCUUCGCCUGCGACCCCCGGGUCGGGCACGCGGCCCUUGGGCAGCACUACCGCCAGCUCAUCCUGUCCAAUGUGGAGGCCUCGCCGCCAGCUGGCGGGGCGGGCGCGUCCGCAUCAGCAGCAGGUGGUGGGCAAGGGGGGCACGGGGGGCACGGCGGCGGUGGCAGGGGCCCGCAUGGGACGACGGCGGCAGCGGCGCUGGACGGCUACGGGCUGCGCUAUGUGGUGCUGCACCUGCUGCUGAGCGAGCGCGAGGUGACGGCGGGCGAGCGGCUGCUCAUGGACGCAGACUACUUGGAGCAGGUGUUCCGGGCGCAGCAGGAGGGCGCCAUGUACUUGUGUCUGGUGCGCCUCGCCUCCAAGACAGAGAUCGUGAGCGAGGCGCUGAGGUGGCUGCGGUGCAACAUGGGCGCGCUAAGGGCGCACCCGCGCGCCGUGGUGCCGCUGUGGCAGGCCGCGCCGCACCGCACGCUCACGGCCAGGCUGGUCAGCGCCUCAAGCAGUGGCGCGGCGCCCCCGCCACCUGAGCCGGAGCAUGUGGCGGCAGGGGCGGCGCCAGCGGGCAAGGUUCCGCCUAGCGGUGGUGCAGGAGGAGAAGCAGGGCCGGACUCGGCCCCGCCCACGCCGCGCGACCCCUCUGACGUGCCCUUCACCUCGCCGCGACCCGCGGCGGCGGCCGUGUGGCGUCGAGCCGGCCGGCCGCAGUGCCUGCCGCUCAGCUCGCCGCCCUUCUGGCCCGUUGGCAUCACACAACUGCCGGGUCACACCGGCGGCGUGACGGGGCUCGUAUUUGACCGGGACAACCGGCUACUGCUGGCAGCUACAGCCGGCGGCGUGAUACAUGCCUGGGACCAUGCUACAGCCCGGCGCGUUGGCACUCUCGGCGGCUACAGCCCGGUUGUGCCCACGCAGGACUUGCAUCCCUCGGGGGAGCUGCUGGCAGUCGGGUCCUCCGUGGAUUCCACGGUCCGGGUUCGUGCCAUAGAAUCUGGAUCCGGGCCGUUAGUCACGUUCACGGAACCCGACCAGGGCGGCCCCGACGGUGGCAGCCUCGUGGCUGUGCUGCGGGGCCCGGUGGCGGGCAGUGCGUACGGCAGCGUGACGCCCACAGCACGGCACGUGUCGUACAGCCCUGACGGCAACCUGUUGGCAGCUGUGUACACCGACGGCAGCGCGGCGGUGUGGGACUGGGCGGAGGGCGUCAAGAGUACCCACAUGCCGUUGCUGAGCAAGUCCAGUGCGGCGAGGCACGCAUGCUUCUCGCCAGACGGGCAGCUGCUGGCGCUGGCGUGUGCCAACGGCACGGUGCGCACGUGGCAUCUGAAGCAGCUGGACCCGCUGCACGUGUCGGUGCUGCGUGUCAGCCCCGCCCACGCCCCCGGCGUGGCGGUGCGGCUGGUGCAGUACUCACCCAGCGGGCUGCUGUUGGCGACGGUGGUGGAAGGCGGCUGCGAGGUGGCCCUGUGGGACGUGGGCAGCGGCGCGCAGCAGCAGCUGCUGGAGGGGGCGGGCGGCGCGGCGGGCAGCCCCGUGCGGGCGCUGGCGUUCAGCCCCAGCGGCCUGCUGCUUGCUACGGCGGGGGAUGAUGGUGAUGUGUGCCUGUGGAAUACGAACACGAGGGGGCAGUGGACCCAGACCGCCUGCCUGCAGGGCCACGCAUACGCCGUGAAUGCGCUUGCCUUCAGCCCCUGCGGCCAGGUGCUGGCGUCCGGCGGCAACGAGUCGGCGGUGCGGCUGUGGGACGUGGGCUCAGUCAUGCACCGCUCGGAGGCGCUGCGGGCGGACGCGGGGCUGCUGGCGGUGAGCGGGCCGCAGCCGCUGCCACCGGGGGCGGUCAUCCGAGACGACGAGGCCACCAUCAGCGGGCGGCGGCCGGCUCCAGGCGUGAUCAGCUGCCUGGCCCACAGCCCCUCCGGCUCCCAGCUGGCGGCCGGGCUGGCGGACGGAGGCCUGUGCGUGUGGGACGCCGCGGCGCCGCACCGCUGGGCGCGGCUUCAGGGCGAGCACCGGCGACCCAUCGGCCGUGUGCUCUACAGCGCCGAUGGGGGCCUGCUGGCCUCGGCCUCAGACGACGGCCGCGUCUGCAUCUGGAGCGUGCCGCGCCCGCCGCCGCCGCCCUCGCUCGCCUCCACUUCCUCGGGCGGCUCGCCGGUGCCUGGCGGUAGGCUGGGCUCUGCCGCCUCCUCCAAAUCCUUGCUGGGCGGAGCAGGGCGGUCGUCGACAACGAUGCUGGCACCGCCGGCGGCGCCAUCGCCGCCUCCGCACCCAAACACCAUCUCGCUCAUCGUCACAAUCCUCGCGGACGCGCACCUUCACGACCCCGCUGGCGACGCAUCAACCGCCACCGGUGCCUCACCACCCGGUGGCGCCAGUCGGCCUGGCCGUGGCGCUGGUGGCUGGGUCACGUUGAGCUGUAGCAUGGCGUUCAGCCCAGAUGGCUCCUUCCUUGCUACAGCCCACGACAACGGGACGGUGCUGCUGUGGUCGCUACCCAGCGGCUUGCUCGCGGCGCGGCUCUCAGGCGGCCACUCCAAGCUGGCUUACGGGCUCAUGUUCAGCCCCCCGCCCACAGCUCCGACCGCCUCGGCCACUUCCGCCGGGCUGCAAGACGCUUUGGUCGGCCCCGGGCUGCUCGCCUCAUCCAGCGAUGACGGCACCGUGUGCAUCUGGGACCCGGCAGCGGCGGCCAAGGCCACGGAGGACGCCCUCCGGGUCGCGCCGCUGUCCAUACUGCGGCAUGAUGACCACGUGUACGGCGUUGACUUUGCGCCGGACGGUUUGACCGUGGCUACCGUCAGCCGGGACGGCACGCUGGCGACGUGGGAGCCGCGCAGCGGCACGCGCCGCGUGUGGGUUUCGCACGGCCACAGCACAGCCACCAAGGCGUGUGUGGACGGCGUGCGCUACAGCCCGUCGGGCCUGCUGCUGGCGACAGGCGCGGCCGACGGCUCGGGUGUGAGGCUGUGGGACGCGCGCAGCGGCGCGCUGCUGCGGGAGGUGGUGGGGCUGCGGCUGCUGGGCUGGCCUGGCUUGGGCCCGUUGCCGUGGGCGGCGGUGUUCAAAGCUGACUACGCGCCGUUUGUGGUGCGGCUGCCGGAGCGGGCGCUGAUACUGGAGGCGGCAGCGGUGUGUGGCGGCUCUGACGUGACAGUGGAGCGCGAAGAGGCAGCAGCGGCGGCGGCGGACGAGGCGGCGGAGGGCCUUGCCGCGGCUUGCAUUGGGCUGGCGCCGGCACAGCAGACUGGCGCACUGGCGGCUCGGCGGCGAGAGCAGCUCAACCGCUGCCGGCUAGCCUCCUUCCCGGCUCCGCCGCCGCCCCCUCAACCACACGACCGCGCCUCCUCUACCGCGGACGGCGACGGCGGCAGUGGCUAUGGCGGCGCCAUAGACCGGCCGCAGCCCCUGCUGAACGAUUUCACAGCAACGCCGCUGCGGCCGGCGGUGCGCAUCUUCAGCGGCGUGCGGUCGCUACCACACGUGGCGUUGCGCGGCAGGUCAUUAGUGCUGGCAGACAGCGGUGCGGUGGCCUUUUACCAAGUGACAGUUGCUUAGACACACACACACACAUGUCAGCUACGGGACAACCAACUCGGUGUUGCUUACGGUGGUAGUGAUACUGGUGAUGCGGGGUAGGUAAUACGUAACGGUGGGGAUGUAGCUGGCUGAGGUUUGGCUUCGACUGAUGGCUGACCGCCUGACCAAUAGCGAGGAGGGUAGGUGGUUCUCUCAGGACCGCAAAUGGUCCCUCAUCGGACUGUCCCUUCUUGUCAUGUGCAUUCAUGGUUUGCUGCAGGCUGCAAUGCACAGGAGUGAGGGUUUAUCAGCGCUAUGAAGUGCGUGGAGUGCUCCCCUGGCCGGCUGGCCCUAGCCCACCUUAGCCAAGACCCCCCACAUAAAAACGCUA